UUGGCACAGAUGUGGCACUCUGUCAGCGUAUUUCAUUAUGAAGUUUGAAGAAAAACAACGUCUCUGGGUUUGUUGUAAACGCAUCAAGUGAUUGAUUCGAUUGUGAAGACGUAUUCUAAUAAUUGAUCUGCAAGUUAAAAAUCUGAAGAGUGCAUGUGACCCUCAACCAACAAAAUGAGUGCCGGGCCUCUUGUUGUCGAGAUUAUCUGCACUUGUUGCCUUGCAGCAUUUCUCCUUCAUCGCUAUGGAGAUCUGAGGAAGCAGCAUGUCCUUGUAACAUUAGCAACUUUUGUUGCUUGGUACUUCUCUUUUAUGAUAAUCUUCGUUCUCCCCUUAGAUGUUUCCUCAACGUUUUAUCGCCAAUGCCUGAGGGAUAACCAAACUCCUCAGCUGUCUACCACCACGGCACGAUCUCCAAACAGUAGUGGUAUAGACAAUGUCACAGAGACCCCCAUCAGUCCUCCAGCAGGUGAAAACUCAACAACUCUGGGCACUCCAACAGGUGCCCAAGCACUUCAUCUGUCUAUUAGCCCCUGUGAGCAACCCCUCAGUCACGUCCCUGACGACGUCCUCCCAGCUCUGUGGCAUGUAGUUUACUGGACGUCACAGUUCCUUACCUGGUUACUACUGCCUAUGAUGCAAUCCUACUCGACGGCCGGGGACUUCAGCGUGGCCGGGAAGAUCAAGACAGCCAUCAUAGAGAACAUCAUAUACUAUGCCACCUACCUUCUCAUCUUCGGUGUCUGCCUCAUCUAUGUGGCUGUCAGACCGGAUCUUCAUAUCGAUGCAGAGAAGCUGAAGGUGAUUGGAGUUACAGCCAGUAACACCUGGGGACUGUUCCUCCUCGUACUGUUGCUGGGUUACGGGUUAGUAGAGGUUCCCAGAACUAUCUGGAACAGCGGGAAGACAGUCUACACCUUACAGCGGACUCAGUUUAAGAUUGCCAAACUGAGCACGGAGAAGACUGAGGCAGAGGAAAACCUCGAGGAUGUACUAGAUGAAAUCAAGCAGGUGUCUGAAAAAAUCCGAUACAACCACCCGCUGAGGAAGCACAUGGACACGAUACUGCUCAAGGGAGACAUACUGUGUCCAGAUUCCCUCAGACAGAAUGUAUGCUCGAACAAUGAUGACUACGAGGAUUUCAACAAGCCACAGGAUGUGCCAAGUGAGAAAACGCUGGUGCGGCUCCACAAGCAUGUGAUCCAGGCAACCCAGACAAACCAUCGUACACAGGCUCAGUGGAACAACCUUAUGUCUAAGGCUUACGAGCUGGAGAACAUCUCUAGUAAUGAGGGCAAGACUGACCGCAUCUUCCUCAGCUCUAAUGGGCGCACAACUAGUGGUCUGUGGAGCAGUGUCUACACUCCCACUGUAGAGUGGUACUGGAAGUGUCUGCUGCGGCCAUGGUUCCGCCGGAUCCUGGCCGUGCUCCUCACAGUUCUGUCGUUCAUGGUUGUCUGGUCCGAGUGUCUCUUCUUCAUCAAGGAGCCUGUCUUGUCCCUGUUUGCUGUCUUCAUAGAUCUUGCCAAACAGAAUUAUGAUUAUGUAUAUAUAGAGUUAGCGUCUAUCAUUACGAUAGCGUACUUGUGUUUCUGUGCGUACUACAGCGUGUUCCAGAUCCGUAUCCUGAACUUUUACUACAUAGCCCCUCAUCACCAGACUGACGAGUACAGUCUGGUGUUUACUGGCAUGAUGCUGUGUCGACUCACACCUCCGUUGUGUCUCAACUUCCUUGGUCUCAUUCACCUGGACAGUCACAUCACCUAUAGAGCCAACCUGGAGGAGACGUCCUAUACUGAGAUCAUGGGACAUAUGGAUGUGAUAUCGUUCGUGUCGGACGGAUUCAACAUCUAUUUCCCCAUCGCCAUCGUAUUGCUGUGUAUCUGUACAUACUUCAGUCUGGGAUCACGCAUCUUACAGUUCCUCGGGUUCUCACAGUUCAUCGGGGACGACGACAUGACACAGGAAUUUGUAGAUGAGGGACGUGAGAUCAUUCGAAGAGAACGUCGGCGUGUAGAAAGAAAGGCUGAAGGAGAAGCUAGGCGGCGCCAGUGGACAGAAAAGUUUGGCGACGGGUCCAGUGAUCGUGCAACGCCACGUGGUAACGGAGUGGAACAGGAUGGAUACUCACGACGAGUAACUGUUCCAGAAAAGGAUGAAGAUCUAGAUGUGGAAAUUUUAAAUCUAGAUUUGGAAAUGGAAGCUAAACAGACUGUCCCAAGAAGCCCGGAUGAGAAUGAUCGCACAGAACUCCUGCGUCAGGCUGAGCCGAUUGACUAUACAGGGGAGACAACUGAUGUACUGGAUGAUUGGCGGGGCAACAACCAAACGCACCAGUCCUACCAGUCCCAGGCUGCAGGACAUUCGAGUCGGUUCGGCUCACAGAGGUCAUUCUCGCGUCCUCCAAAGGGGAUAUUUGAUGAUGUAUAACAAGGCAUUUAGGAGCGUGAUUAUUUAUAACUUUAUAUACAUAGUAACUCCUUCGCUAUAUCCCUUUAGUGAAGCAAUACUGACGAUAUUUGUGAAAUUUUGUUUUCAUGAACAUCUAACCCAGAAUUUAUGUCACAUUCCAUUUGAUCAGAAAUCAUAAUUGAUUGUGUAAUAAACUUGAAAUGAAAUUGUUGUCAUUCGUGAAGGACAUACACCCCAUACAGGAAGCUUGUGUAGGUCAGCUUGACCUGGUUACAGUGUAAGGUCAGCUUUACCUGGUAACAGUGUAAGGUCAGCUUGACCUGGUAACAGUGUAAGGUCAGCUUGACCUGGUUACAGUGUAAGGUCAGCUUGACCUGGUUACAGUGUAAGGUCAGCUUGACCUUGUUACAGUGUAAGGUCAGCUUGACCUGGUUACAGUGUAAGGUCAGCUUAAAUCGGGUUACAGUGUAAGGUCAGUCAACCUGGUUACAGUAAAAGGUCAGCUUGACCUGGUUAAGUGUAAGGUCAGCUUGACCUGGUUACAGUGUAAUGUCAGCUUGACCUUGGAU